UGACGUACUGCGCAUGCGCUUUAAGUGGUAGACGCGAGGUGGGAAAAAUUAAUUCUAACGUGUCUCUGCUAACACAAACAUGAUUUUCAGGAAAAAAUUGUAACUUUACGGAGUAUAACACCGGCCAGACAUACUCUCCUGUUAUUCAUUCUUCGUCAUCACCAAAUAUUAUCCACAAAGGAGCAGGCCUCAGCAUCUGACAGCCCCUAGGUGGGCAAAGAAACCAGCCAACAAAACCAACCCUCACUGUGACUUUCUCUGGGGAUCCGCAGCUUACCUGCAGCAUGAAGAUUGCAGUAGAAGGCUGUUGCCAUGGGGAGCUGGACAAAAUCUACGAGACAAUCGGCUAUCUGGAGAAGAAGGAAGGGGUAAAAGUGGACCUGCUGCUGUGCUGUGGAGACUUCCAAGCGGUGCGAAAUGAAGGAGACAUGAAGUGCAUGGCAGUACCAGCCAAGUACAGAAUGAUGCAGACCUUUUACAAAUACUAUUCUGGAGAGAAGAAGGCUCCAGUCCUGACCAUCUUCAUUGGAGGGAACCAUGAGGCUUCAAACCACCUGCAGGAGCUGCCUUAUGGAGGCUGGGUGGCACCCAACAUUUAUUAUCUGGGCUAUGCUGGUGUUAUUCGCUACAAAGGGAUUAGAAUUGGUGGCUUGUCUGGGAUCUUCAAAUCACGUGACUACAGAAGGGGUCACCAUGAAUUCCCUCCAUACAAUCCUGACACGCUUCGAAGUGUAUACCACAUCCGAAAUAUUGAGGUAUUCAAGUUAAAACAGAUCCAGAUGCCCAUAGACAUUUUCAUGAGCCAUGACUGGCCUCGUGGAAUCUACUACUAUGGACGCACAGGGGAAUUGUUGCGAAAGAAGAAGUUUCUGCGUCAGGAAGUGGAGUCCAACACUCUUGGAAGUCCUGCUGCUGAGGAGCUCCUAGCUCACCUCCAGCCCAGCUACUGGUUCUCUGCACAUCUUCAUGUGAAAUUUGCUGCCGUUAUGCAGCAUCCGCCUAAAGGUAAUGCUGCCCCACGUGUAACCAAAUUCCUGUCCCUGGAUAAAUGUCUGCCCUAUAGGGAAUUCUUACAGAUUGUGGAUGUUCCAGAGAGACCGGGUUCAUCUGAGGGUCUUGAGUACGAUCCGGAGUGGCUUGCUAUUCUGAAGGCCACCAACAGUCUACAAAGGACUACCCCUCACCCGUGGAACCCCCCAGAGAAUAACGGCCUGCAUGAACGGUGGGACUUUAGACCUUCAGAAGCAGCUAUGAUGCAGGUGGUGGAGGAUCUCAGUGGUGAACUUGCCAUUCCAGACAACUUUAGCCAGACUGUGCCACCCUAUGACCCCAACAACCCCCAGCCCCAUGCCACCCCCAGCUGUAAGACCAACCCUCAGACGACCGAGCUCUGUGCCACGUUAGGUCUCACAGACAUCUACGCCCACGUUGGGCAGGGAGGUCAUGAGUUGGGGAGAGUUCAGGAGGAGGAUGAUGAUGAAGAUGCACAUAGUGUAGCAAGUUUGGACGAGCCGAGCGAGUACCCAACCGACACUUCGGGAAUGUCGUCUUCAGUUAAUCCCGAUGAGAUCACAAUAGAGGAUGAGUGGGAGGAAGAGGAGGGAAAGGAGGAGGUUGAGGGCAAGUCUAACUCAAAAGCAGCAGUUGAGGGAGAUAAGCGCUCUGAUGUACCUGUAGGUGAAAUCCACACCCCCAACCGUAUGGUUCUGCCUGAGCCCAAAUCUGAUUUCUCACCCACUCGUCUGUCCCACCUAAUGAACCUGCCGCCUCCGUCCCACUCUACCCCAGCGGUAGCCCGCUCUCACUCUGGAACAGAAAGGGAAGGACUCUGUGAGGGCGAUGAUGAGGAUGCCACAGCUGUACGUAUCCUAAAACGUACCAGCGAUGAGACCGAGGCUCCUGGCAGUAGAGACACAACUCCCAGAAUCAAACGCAGGAACCAGGUCAUCUAUACAACAGUGGAGGAUGAGGAGAGUGACGAUUAGAGGUCAGGGUGAGAUAAGGCAGAAGGUGAGGACUCAUUUCAUACCAUUUGUCACAGUGUACAGUUCUCCAUUAGUUUAUAUUGAUUUGCAAAACUUGGUAUUAAUUUAGGUAUUUACUUUCUGCCUUUUUAUACAGCUGCUGACAUGAGCUGUACAAAGCAGAGGUAUGGCUUUAUUAAAAUGCCCUGAAUGCAGACUGUACACGACAAAAGAGCGUUAGAUAGCCAUGAAAAUGUUGUCACAUUGUUUAAAUAUGAUUUUUAUAUAUUUUAAUCAAACCAACAAAAUUUUAGGAAAUGAGAAUAUUUUUUUUGAGAAGAUUUUUGAGUUUUGUGUUAAAUGUUUUUGUACAUGUAAUUUUGAAGACAAUAGCAAUGAGUGAAGAGGCUGGAAAAUUAAAAUAUCCUCUUUUUUUAAUGAA